UCCGCCUAUAAUUGUCAUUAAGCUUCACGCUAUCUUGAAGAAAUACCGGCAUUUCGCUGUACGAUCUCGCGACUAUGGAACCAGUUAUAGCCAAGAUGGCUUCUCAUGCACGGUGCUGUACGCGUACCUCCCACCAAUCCCGUUUCAUCAAUAAGGCGCUUUGGCACGAGAGUGAGGCUUUCUACAAACAACUUGCGCAUCGUCUCUCUGCAUAGGCCACCCGGAGUAGGCGCCAAGAGUCCCUUCGUGCUUAUGUUGUAUUUAGCCAUCGCGUUAACCCAGACCCGACCCUCUGGACCAUGAUGUGUUCGGUCUGUUUGGCAGCUAUCCAGAAUCACUCAUCUCUCGGCUUAACAUCGAACUACUUCUAGUAGCUGCUUCUGGCAAGACCUCACUCACUUUAAUCGCGAUCAUGAAGUUCACGUCAACUCUCCUCAUUCUUGCUAGUGCUGGCGCUGUAGUAGCCUCGCUUCCCAACGCUGGCGCUGCUCUCGUUGAACGCGACGAAAUCGUCGGGAAGAAGGGGCUCGAGGCAACCAAGACAAACCCUCGGGUGAAGAGAGCCGACGGAACCUUCAACCUGGUGCCACGGCAGACUCAAACCAAGGAGGCCAGGAUGAUCUCGGACGAGGAAGCAGACAGUCUUCAAAAGAAGCGCGGGGAAGAAGCAGUGCAGGAGAAGCGGGACGAUUUAACGCCGACGAAAACGAAUCCUCGGGUGAAGAGGGCUGACGGCACUUUCAACCUCGCUCCAAGGCAGUCCAUUACGAGGAGAGCCGAGGCAUAGGGGUGAGGCUGGGUUGU